AUGCCGAUGAAUAUGUCCAGUGGUACUCCCACCAACGCAACCACCUAUCACAUCCAGCACAUGCCUCACGGGAUCCCACACCUGCGCAAGGGAAGGUGGUCGCCCGCCGAGGACAACCGUCUCCUAGCCAGCAUUCGCAUCCACGGUGCCAACAAAUGGAAGCUCGUGGCCCAAGACGUCCAGACGCGCAGCGGUGACCAGUGCUGGAAGAGGUGGAACGACUCUCUGGAUCCUGCCCUCAACCACCAGCCCUGGACGUUGGAGGAGGAUCAAAGGCUUGAAGCCUCCGUCGAGGCCAUGGGCCGUACGUGGUCAAAAAUCGCCGCAGAAUACCUGAACGGGAGGUCUGGUCUCGCCUGCAAAAAUCGUAUGGAUCACCUGAUGCGAAAGCGACGCAGAGCAAGCCAUUCCAACGCCCUCGCUGGUUCAAAGGCUUCGGCCAACUCACUCUCGCUGCACGCAUUCAUGAACAACAGGGGCUUCCACGGCAACUGCAGCGCCUACAACUCCAGCUUCGACAGCAGCGUGGAGGGCAUCGCCUCGCGUCAUUACGGUAUUCAAACCGGCAGCUCGUCGAGCCCAAAGAAUGACGGCUACAGCUUCGGCAAUGGUAAUGGAUCUGGGGGCAACAACAGCAGCGGCAGCAACGGCGGCCAAUACGACAUGACGAGCUCUUCUUCCUCCAUGAACUCCCACUUGAGCUCCCAGGCUGGCCACAUCUAUGCGCCUUCGAAUAGCCAACAGCAAAGACAUCGCUUCGGCUCGUCUUCCAACUCUGCACAAGGCUGGCCGGCAUCCUCCAAUACGGCCAUGAGCAGCGGUAGCGGCAAUGGCGGUAGCGGUGCCGCAACUUUCUACCCGGGCAGUUCUUCCUCAUCGGCUGGAGUAAGGCAGCAACUCGACAACCACGCUUCUCUCUACACGUCGCCCUACUCGUCGAAUCACCAGUUUUACGGCAGCUCGAGCUCCAACAAUGCGGGUGGCUACAAUAGCUCCAGCUCCAAUGCGAUGCCUACUUGGCACAGCAACACCCUCAGUGGCAGCACCCCUGCUCGUUCUCAUGGCAGCUUCGCAUCCAACGGUGGCGAGAGCAGCCAGACCUAUUCGUCGGAAGUCAAUUCUUCCCUCGAUGCAAACAGCGGUGCCGUUGGCGGUCAAAGCUACAGCAACAGUGCUACCGCCACUGCCGCCGCCACUGCCACCACAACAUCGUCAUCCUCCUCCAUCUACGCACCGGCUUCUUCAUCUUCUGGCGCGACGGUGACGACUUCUAGCAGCGGAUCUUAUGGUCUGAAUCAAAACUAUACCAGCAACUCCGGCGUCGACUCGAGCGCAGCAGCUCCGGGUGGCGCAUGUCAGCAAGCUCCCACUUUCAACAACUGUAAGCAGAACAGCACCUACUUCGGCCGGGUCUACAGCCAACAGAACGGAGUAUACACCGGCAAUUCCAGCUCCUCGCCUCUCCGCCAAUGGACGUCGUCCACUGCCAAUGAGAACCACCGGACUAUGACAUCGACAUCGGCCUCCCGUCCCGGCACCGGCACCUCGCUCUACGACAAUGCCAGUGGACGCAGCAGCACAUCCAGCUCUUGGAUGCCGCAACAGCAGCAAGAUGAGCAAGGAGGCAACAGCAACAUCUGCAAGAAGGAAAACGUGCCGCCCAUCAACGCAGUUUUCAGCUCUCCAUCGUCCAUUGCCACCAGCCAGUCGUCGACCGGUCUCUGGUCCUCACCGCUUCAGCCCAGCCGCACCAAUAGCCUCUCGAGCUUCAGUCAGGGUGGCAGCAGCUCGUUUCUCUCGACACCCUCCAGUGCAUUCGCAAACGAAUAUGGAUCCGGUGGCGCAAGCGGCGCUACACCGGCCAACCGUUUCCUCAGCGCAGCGCGCUCGAUGGGACCUGCAUCCAACUACCGCUUCGGAGGAUUGAGCAGUCUCGGUGGAGGAACUCACCAGCACGAGGCAAAUGGAAGCGUCGGUCUGCUCGCUCAGCCACAGCAGUCGCAGCAGCAACAUGCCUACUCGUACGAUUCGGCAGCUAUGACAAGCAACGUCAUCAAAAAGGAGCAGCUGGAUGACAACCCGUCAUUCAGCAAUGGGCGCUUCAGAGAUGUCAAUUUGUCCCUGUCGUCCUCGUCCCAGGCACAGUCCAUCGUCGAUGAAGACAGUCCCGUACCAAGGGGUAUGGAGGACGAGGACCAAGAAGAGGAGCAGAACCAGCACCAGCAGUCUGACGAGCUCGCUUCCUAUCACCGCCAUCAAGAUCACCAACAGGAGCCCCAGCAGGAGCUACCCAACUUGCACCAUCGUCUCAGCAUUGGCCAUUCGCGGCACGAGCAGCAAUACCAUGAAGGUGCAGAUGGCGAGGACAACGGCGACGACCUCAGCGAGACAAGCCGUGCGACCACCGCGUCCUUUGAUUUUGGCUUGGCUGCCAGAGCCUCCUCUGCGCAUCUUCCUCGUGACGGACCGCGUAGCGAGAAGGGAAGCGCAGGAAGCGAGACCAUGUCUGAACCGCUAGAGCACGCCGCCGUAGCAGCCAUGACGGCAGUCUGA